UAAAUGAAAUUGGGACUGUCACAUGUUUUGACACAGCCACAUGAAGCCCCAUUCACCAAAUGGCAACUUUAAUAAGGCCUUGCAAAUUGUGGCUAAGGCACUUCUCAUUUAGCCAUUCCAAAAUCUCUCCUAUCUCUCUAUCCGUGAGAAGGAAGGAUGUCAGCAAUUUUGCUGAGGCUGAUGCUUGCUCUGCCUUUUAUGCUUCUAAUUUCUCCUAAAUCAGAGGAGCAGGUUAAGCAAUGGUGCAUUGCAGAUGAGCAGUUUCCAGAUGGUGUGUUGCAGGAAUCCAUGGAUUGGGUUUGUGGGGCAGGUGGCGCAAAUUGUACUAACAUUCAAAUGAAUCAGCCUUGCUAUUAUCCAAAUACCGUCAAAGAUCAUGCUUCCUAUGCCUUCAACAGCUACUAUCAGAAGAACAAAGGUGGAGCUUGCAACUUCAAAGGAGCUGCCAUGAUUACAGAGUUUGAUCCCAGUUAUAAUUCUUGCCAUUACGAGUACACUCCCUGAUUCAUCAGCAACGAGUUUUGUCUCAGUUUCACUGUCGAUUUAGAAUAAUAUUUGCAAUAUCUGAGACAAAUAAGAAAAAAUAAAAACCUAGAUAAGUUUUAUAUUAAAUAACUUCUUGUGCUUCCCCAAAACUACUGUAGGCACGAGCUUCAUUAUUUCAAAAUGCAAAAAUUUCUUCUUUUACAAGAAGUGUUCA